GGAUAACGGCACCUUCUUCUUCUCUCUGCUAAUUCAUUUCCACAACCACCAGCUUCAACAAAAACUCACUCCAAAAUCACAAACUUUAACGGAGAAGAUGCUAGCAUGUCCUAGCACCACCUUCCAUUGUCCUACCACAUUCCACCGCCAUUCUCAUCCUUCGAAGUUGCUACUCUCCAAGUCCAAGCCUCUCAUCUUCCCUCCCCGUUCUAGCUUCGCAGCGUUUGGGAAAUUGAAGCUCAGUUCGAUUUUUUCCGGUAAGAAUUGUCGCCGGUUCAAUGUCAAAGCUUCAAUUGAUUCGUCAUCGGAGCUUUUGGAGUCGGCUGACGGCGGUAGCUCGCACAUUGCCCCGCAUUCCGUCAAGAUUCCCGUUGGUGACCGAUAUAUUUUGGUUGAGACUGGUCAUAUGGGAAGGCAAGCAAGUGGUUCUGUUACAGUUACGGAUGGAGAGACCAUUGUGUACACCACUGUUUGUUUGGAUGAUAUUCCUAGUGAGCCAUCCGAUUUUUUCCCCCUUUCUGUGAAUUAUCAAGAACGCUUUUCUGCCGCUGGUCGCACUAGUGGAGGUUUUUUUAAACGAGAAGGAAAGACAAAGGAUCACGAGGUUCUUAUUUGUAGAUUGAUUGAUAGGCCUCUGCGUCCUACUAUGCCUAAGGGCUUCUACCAUGAAACUCAAAUAUUGUCUUGGGUUUUAAGUUAUGAUGGAUUGCAUAUCCCUGAUUCCUUGGCUGUCACUGCAGCUGGUAUAGCACUUGCACUUUCAGAAGUGCCCACGUCAAAAGCAGUUGCUGGAGUUCGAGUUGGCCUUGUUGGCGACAAGUAUAUAGUAAAUCCUACUUCUGAGGAGAUGGAAAACUCUGAGUUGGACCUCAUGCUGGCUGGCACGGAUAGUGCAAUAUUGAUGAUAGAGGGUUAUGGCAAUUUUCUCCCAGAAGAGAAGCUACUUAAAGCUGUAGAAGUUGGUCAGGAUGCAGUGCGAGCAAUCUGUAAUGAGGUAGAAGCCUUGGUUAAGAAAUGUGGGAAGCCAAAAAUGGUUGAUGCCAUCAAGUUGCCUCCUCCUGAGCUUUAUAAACAUGUUGAGGAAAUCGCUGGUGAUGAGUUGGUCAAAGUUCUUCAAAUUAGAAACAAAAUACCAAGAAGGAAAGCCCUUUCAUCAUUAGAAGAAAAGGUUCUUAAGAUACUUUCAGAGAAUGGGUUUGUCACAAAUGAUACUGCACCAAGGAAUAAUGCUGAAACCAUCGCAGAGAUUCUUGAGGACGAGGAUGAAGAUGAAGAAGUAAUUGUUGAUGGUGAAGUUGAUGAAGGUGAUGUUCAUAUAAAGCCAACCCCACGGAAACCAACGCGUUUAUUUUCUGAGGUAGAUGUGAAGUUGGUAUUUAAAGAUGUUACAUCCAAGUUUUUGAGGAAACGUAUAGUAGAGGGUGGGAAAAGGAGCGAUGGGAGAACCCCAAAUGAAAUCCGUCCAAUUAACUCAAGCUGUGGCUUAUUACCUAGAGCACAUGGAAGUGCUCUUUUUACGAGGGGCGAGACACAGUCGCUAGCUGUUGCUACGCUUGGAGAUAACAAGAUGGCACAACGAAUAGACAAUCUUAUGGAUGUUGAUGAUUACAAGAGGUUCUAUCUGCAGUAUUCCUUUCCUCCUUCAUGUGUUGGGGAGGUUGGCCGGAUUGGUGCACCGAGUAGAAGAGAAAUUGGUCACGGGAUGCUUGCUGAGAGAUCCCUUGAAACAAUUUUGCCUUCUGAUAAAGAUUUCCCUUACACUAUUCGUGUUGAGAGUACUAUCACAGAAAGCAAUGGCUCUUCGAGCAUGGCAUCUGUUUGUGGAGGUUGCUUAGCAUUGCAAGAUGCUGGGGUUCCUAUCAAGUCCUCGAUUGCCGGAAUUGCAAUGGGUUUGGUUCUUGAUACCAAGGAAUUUGGUGGAGAUGGAACUCCGCUUAUUCUUUCCGACAUAACUGGAUCUGAAGAUGCAUCUGGAGAUAUGGACUUUAAGGUUGCUGGGAAUGAAGAUGGUAUAACUGCAUUUCAGAUGGACAUUAAGGUGGGAGGAAUUACUUUGGCCAUCAUGAGAGAAGCACUGCUACAGGCAAAAGACGGAAGGAAACAUAUACUCGGAGAGAUGAUGAAAUGCUUGCCUCCUCCAGCAAAAAGGCUUUCCAAGUAUGCUCCUCUGAUUCACGUUAUGAAGGUCAGACCGGAUAAAAUAAAUCUUAUAAUUGGUUCCGGCGGGAAAAAAGUGAAGAGCAUUAUUGAGCAAUCUGGAAUAGAGGCUAUUGAUACUGAAGAUAAUGGCACUGUGAAAAUAUUUGCGAGAGAUUUGGCUAGUUUAGAGAUGUCUAAGGCUAUCAUUAGUAAUUUGACAAUGGUUCCAACUAUUGGUGAUAUAUAUAGGAACUGUGAAAUCAAAUCAAUAGUUCCAUAUGGAGCGUUUGUAGAGAUAGCACCCGGACGAGAGGGACUUUGCCACAUUAGUGAACUGAGUUCAGCUUGGCUAGCUAAGGCAGAAGAUGCUUUCAAGGUGGGAGAUCGUAUUGAUGUAAAACUUAUAGAGAUAAAUGACAAGGGACAACUCCGUCUUAGUCACCGAGCACUGCUUCCUGAUGCAGAUCCAGAUAAUUCAAAUUCAACUGAUAAGGGUUCAUUGGAAGAAGUUAUCAGCCUGACGAAUGCUGGUUUAGUUGAAGAGAAAACUGAACAGAAUGCUAAGGUUAACACUCGUAAAGGCAGAACCUCAUCGAAAAGGAGUUCAGAGGAUAAUUCUGCACUUCCAUCAAAAAAGUUUAUCAGGAGAUCUUCCGAGGAUAAGCCUGUCACGAACAAAGACAAGAUAAAGAAGAGCGACAACAAAGAUGAAAGUAGUUUGGUUAGUGAAGAGGCAUAAAAUUGAGAGCCAAAAUAUUUGCAUGGAAAACUGAGAAUGGCGAUGCUUAUGAUAAAAAUGUUUUCAUAUGCACACCAAGGAGGUUGCCUCUCACAAACUAACAAAUCAAUGAACAGAUGUUAUUUACGACGAAGGUUUUUUGGCACAUCCUGGUGUAUGAACUGAGAGUAUAGAUACCUACGGGACUCUACUUUUUAGGGUAGAUAAUCUUGCUUACGAAGGAAAGGAGUUUUACUAUUUGAUGCUCCUUUUGUAUAUUCUGCUUCAGAUGUUUGUAUGUGAUAGUAUGUCAUGGGAAUUUUUUCCAUUUCUCCCAAUGAUACAUCUGCAUCUUAAGCCAUGUACUAUAUAUUCAAUUAUUUAAAUUAUGCUUCUUGUUGUAACUCUCAUUUUGGAAGUAUCAAAUGUAAAUCUUAGUAUUAGUACAACAGUACAAGUGAUAGGGGAGAAGUAGUAUUAUUGUUCAUGGGCA